ACAAGUCUUUGCGCUUGCUUGGUAACAGUGACACAAAACGAGAAGGAGGGAAAGUGUUGUCUUUAUCUUGGCAAUGUAGGGUAUAUUUGUGAUUUAAAUAUUGUAGUAACAUUGUAGAACUUUUAAGAACAAAUACUGCCAUUCAACAAAUCAUCAGAAAAUGAGUUUCCAAGAGAUCAAGAACGAACCACGACAAGAUUGGCAGCAGACAUCCACAGGGGUUGGUCACCAUUAUCGACCAGGCUAUUAUUUCCCUAAUUCUGAUUUCAAGACCUUGAUAUAUGAUCCAGUCCCUCCUCCUCUGGCAAAGCAGGAUGAAAUCACGAGAGAUCAGCACUUCAAAACAACAUAUGGGGAUUUCCAUGAUACUAAAUAUGGAAAGGGUGCUUAUGGCAAUCCUAUCCACCAGAAGGCCCCUGGACAUUGGAAAGUAAAUUAUGUCAAGGAUCUUGCAGAAAAACUUGAUAAAGGAGGAUGGAGAAAACCACUCACAAUGGGAAAUCAGUUAACUGAGACAAAAGAGGAAUUCUCCAACAAGUCAGGGGUCAGACAAAAUUAUCAUUUCCAAGAUGCUGCAGGUCUCAACUUACCACAGCCCUACAAUCUACAUGAUCACCACGUUGAAGGACCAUCCAAAUAUGGACAAGGUACAACACAGAAUCCAAAACUUCAGGGCCAGCCAUUCUAUGUCAGGGACAAAGGAGUUCUAAAUUUAUUAGAUCCUUAUCUAUCUACCACACAGAAAGAUCACAGGUCAUUUAAACCUAAUGAACUUAAAAAAUAUCCAAAGAAGGAUGUAGCUACAUACUGGGAAUGUGAGGAAUAUCCUAAGGCCUGGGGUCAUGGUCUUAAACACAAUCCAGUUCCCAAAGACAAUGUUCCCAGGGAGCGGUUACCAAUGGUGGACCCUACAUGGUUUAAAACUCGGACCACCAUACCCAGACAGCCAAAGGCACUGUUACCUGUCCCUCAUGGAGGCCUGAAGUCCCUGUAUGCUGACUCCUUCCAACAGCCCUCAGAUGUCAAGGCCAAGGAGAACUACUACUGCGCUGUUGACACACCUUUUGUCCUUCCAGCCCCAGGAACAAAGUCUGUGAUGACCGCCCCAAAAAUGUACAACACUGAAUACCAGCACGUAGGAAGUAAAAAACCAGUCAUUGUAUAAAGCCACAGAGGAAAAUAACUUUACAGAAGUCAUAUUUUAAACAUUAUCACCAAUCUUGGUUCCAUAACACAACCAGUUUCAGACUUUCAAUAACUUAAUGUCACAUGAGAAACUCAUGAAGAUUAUAUCCAUAUGGAUGGAACAUUUGGAAAUUAGGUGUAUCAUAUUUUUUUUUAAAAAUUGUUAAAUAUAUUUUUGUUAUUGUAAAAUUUUAGUACUUUAAUGUCUUUCUUACAUAUUGGUACAUUAUAUGUAUAACACAUAUUAUUGUGAUGUUUGUUACAAAGGCUGUGAUAAUUUUAGUAAUUUUUAUCUGAGUUUUAAAUGUGUGCGUAAUACAGUAUGCUUUGUAUACUGACAUCACAAAUCAUUAAACGUAAGGACAUUCUAA